AUGCGGCAUCCCGAGGUGGCCAACUACACUGAUAUUGGCCAACUGUUGUUCGGCCGGAUUGGCAGGGAGAUGUUUGGGGCAGCGUUUGUCAUUGUCGGCAUCUUCGUCAUGGCUAGCCAUCUCCUGACUUGGACGAUCGCGCUGAACACGCUCUCAAACCACGGGACGUGUACGAUCGUGUUUGGUGUGGUGGGAAUCGUGGUGUUCGCCCUCCUGACCGUCCCGCGGACGUUGAAGAAUGUCUCGUUCCUGGCAAUUAUUUCGUUCAUGUCUAUCAUGUCCGCUGUGCUCAUCACCAUCAUCGCCCUCGCCGUCUCGCCCCGCGCCGCUUACGACACUAUGCAGGCCACCCUGCACCCCUCGCUCCCGACCGCCUUCAACAGUAUAUCCAACAUCGUGUUCGCGUGGUCCGGGCACCUGGCGUGGGUGAGCUUCAUUUUGGAGCUACGUGACCCCCGGGAGUUUUCAAAGGCGCUCCUAGUCCAGCAGGCGUUCAUGAUGGUCGCUCCGGCCCUAGGCAGCACCAGCAAGACGGUGGCCAAGGUCACGUGGGGAAUCGCUAUUCCAACAAUCAUCAUCGCCGGAGUUAUUUUCGCGCACGUGAUGGCAAAAUACAUCUUCUUGCGGCUCUUCCGGGACACGCCCUACCUGCACAGCCGAGGCUUCGUCGCUACGGGCACUAGGAUCGGCAUCGGCGGCAGAAACAUCGCUCUCGCGUUCGUUAACGCCGCUCAGAUUGCAAUCGGCCUCGUGGUGUUUGGGCUGGGUUUAUAA